GAGAGGGAGAGACCGGGAAGGGGGAGCGGGACCGCCGGGCCGCCAGCAUCCCCCCGGGCCGCCCGCGCCGGACCCGCACCCGCGCGGGGCGCCCUCCGCCCCCGUCGCCCCGGGCCGGGCCACCUCCUCACCCCGUACCCCAUCCUUCGUCUCCCGGUCUGUUUGUCUCGGGCUGGUUCCGUCCUCCCGGGACCGGGAACGCACCGGGGGCCCCGGGGAGGGGGCCUGGGGAGGCCCUCCCCGCCGUCUCGCCCCUUCCCUCGCCGGCAUGAGCCCCCGGCUGUGACCCCCGCCGGGGGGAGGGGGCCGGGGGUCCAUGCUCGCAGCCUCCGCACCGCCCGGCGCCUGCCGCUGACGGCGGCGGGGGUGGGGGGGCCGGGCACCCAGCCUCCUGCCCCACCCCCUGGCGUCGGCCCCGCGGGCCGUCGGGGGCCGCUGCCCCCGGCUGCGCCCUGCCCGCCGGCCAGGCCCUGGAGGCGCCCCGGAGCUGCCGCCGGCAUCAGCCCAUGGCCCGGAGGUACAAUGAGCUGCCCCACUACCCAGGCAUCGCGGAUGGCACUGCAGCCCUGGCUGGCUUCUCGGAGGCAGCGCCUCCAGCACCCAGAGCCCCUGGGCCCUACGGCCCACACCGGCCUCCGCAGCCCCCACCCCCUGGCUUGGACGGGGACGGCCUGAAGAGGGAGAAGGAUGAGAUCUAUGGGCACCCGCUCUUCCCGCUGCUGGCCCUGGUCUUUGAGAAAUGUGAACUGGCCACCUGCUCACCCCGGGACGGGGCUGGGCUGGGCACACCCCUGGGCGGUGACGUCUGCUCCUCCGAUUCCUUCAACGAGGACAUCGCCGCCUUCGCCAAGCAGGUCCGCUCCGAGAGGCCCCUCUUCUCCUCCAACCCAGAGCUGGACAAUCUGAUGAUCCAGGCUAUUCAGGUGCUCCGGUUCCACCUGCUGGAGCUGGAGAAGGUCCACGACCUGUGCGACAACUUCUGUCACCGCUACAUCACCUGCCUCAAGGGAAAGAUGCCCAUCGACCUGGUCAUCGAGGAUCGGGAUGGCGGCUGCAGGGAGGACCUCGAGGACUACCCGGGCUCCUGCCCCAGCAUCCCAGACCAGAAUAAUACAUGGAUUCGAGACCACGAAGACAGCGGAGCUGUGCCCUUGGGGACCCCGGGUCCAUCCAGCGGGGGCCUGGCCUCCCAGAGUGGGGACAACUCCAGUGACCAAGGAGACGGACUGGACACGAGCGUGGCCUCUCCCAGUUCCGGGGGAGAAGACGAGGAGCUGGACCAGGAGCGGCGGCGGAAUAAGAAAAGGGGCAUCUUCCCCAAGGUGGCCACCAACAUCAUGAGAGCCUGGCUGUUCCAGCACCUCUCGCACCCGUACCCCUCGGAGGAGCAGAAGAAGCAGCUGGCGCAGGACACGGGGCUCACCAUCCUACAAGUGAACAACUGGUUCAUUAACGCCCGGAGACGCAUCGUGCAGCCCAUGAUAGAUCAGUCCAACCGCACAGGGCAGGGUGCAGCCUUCAGCCCAGAGGGCCAGCCCAUGACCGGCUACACGGAGACACAGCCACACGUGACUGUCAGGCCUGCAGGACCGAUGGGGAUGAGUUUGAACCUGGAGGGGGAGUGGCAUUAUCUAUAGAGGCUGGAGUCCGGAGGAGGGAAGAGGGGAAGGGAAGGAGUAAGAGAGGGAGAGAAACAUCAAUGUGUGGUUGCCUUUCACGUACCCCCCCCACUGGGGACCUGGCCCCUGGCCCACAACCCAGGUUUGUGCCCUGACUGGGAAUUGAACCCGUAACCUUUCGCUUUGCAGACCAGAGCUCAAUCUGCUGAGCCGCACCAGCCAGGGCUUAUCUUCUUUCAUCUCUGUCUCUCUCCCUCCAUUUGGUUCUCAUGCUUUGGCUCCCUCUUUUUCUGUUCCUCCCCCUCUCUCCAUCUUCUUCCCUCUCCCUGUGGGGCUGGCGGGGGCUGCACGGAGGGCUGACCUGGGGCGAGACCCUCUCCCACCUCCUCCUGACUUGGCGCCCCCUCCCCUCUCCACAGACUCCAGCCUCCAAACUGUGACCACCGGGCCCACACCUUGUUCCGGUCCCCACCCUCCACGGCCCUCCCACUCAACACCUACCUCCCUGGGGCCCCACCAGGACAGUGGGGGUCUGAGCGCCCGCUCCGGGGUCUCUGAAGGACAAAGACAAAGUCUCUAGACUCUGUGCCCCACUUCUACCCUCGCCUCUGCCCAGAACCCGAGCUGUGAUCCCGGGUCAUCGGAAGACAGUGGCCCGGACACCCCACCUGCAGGACAGAGAUGGAACUGGGGGCGGGCUGGGGCCGUCGUGGGAGGAGGGUCACCCGGAUCCGAUAUUUGGGGAGGUUCCCUUCAUCCUCCCAACCCUCUCCCCUCCUCUCUGCCCCUACCUCCCUUCUCUGAUGUCUUCUACUUUUUUUUUUAAUGAUAAAAUCUUAAA